CAGGCUUUGACAUUCCUGACAUGUCCCAAGGACCAAAAAAUGUGGAGACUUGUAAACAAGUGGGGGCAAACAAUGGGUCUGAGGUACCGAGACAUCCCAUUUCCCUGAAGACUGGAGAAGGUCGUAAUUAUGGCUUUCAGUGGCUUCAAAGAUCAUGCCAAGGUAUGGUUACAAGGAAGGUCAGGGACUUGGCAAGUCUGAGCAAGGCAUGAGCAAGAUUAUACAUGAGAGAGAUCUGCCGAAAGAUACACCGAGAGAGGUUCAAACUAAUGCCAAUGUAUUAAGAAAUCCAACAAAAGUCGUACUGCUAAGGAACAUGGUAGGCCCGGGGGAGGUUGAUGGUGAUUUGGAGGGGGAGACAUUAGAGGAGUGUGGAAAGUAUGGCAAGGUCAUCAAGUGUCUCAUAUUCGAGAUGCCUGACACCACUGAAGAUGAGUCUGUUAGAGUAUUUGUGGAGUUUGACAGGAUCGACUCAGCGAUCAAAGCAAUUAUUGACCUGAACGGAAGGUACUUUGGACGAAGAGUAGUGCGGGCGUGUUUUUACAACUUUGACAAGUUUCGACAGUUAGACUUGGGCGCAGAUGUGGAGAACCCACCCUAAACCUACAACAUAAACUCUGAUACAAGAUGUUUUAUAGGCAUGUUAAAACACAUGGAUAGUGAACUUAUCAAAAUACAUGUAGUGACCUAAGAAUACUUAAGUGUUGGCUUGAAUGUCUCUACACUACCCAUUGGGGAUGGGGAGUAAAUUGCUGAAUAAAUCACUGUAUAAAUUCAAUCUAUGACAAAACUUUGUAGGGUGGUUUUGUUUUGAAGCCCUAUAUAUGAUUAACUCAGAAAUGAAUCUGACGAUCCUGUUGGUUGAGACAUUAGCACACAGAUAUUAUUGUCCAGUAAAGCAAACAUGAAAACAACUACUCAAAAUUCUGAUCACUUUAUAAGUCAUCGAAAUUAGUCUUUUGGAUGAACAAGCCCUAAUUCAUGUUCUACUACAUGGCAUUACCUUGAACACAGCCUUUCUGUAUAAAACCCAGAUUUUGAGCAAGCCCAGAAAGCAUCUAAUUUAAUCACUACUUUAUAUGGCAUCUGACAGUGAAUAUCUGUCUAAUUUUGUUAUAUAUAGACAAGCUCUUGUACUUAAAUACAAUAACAGACAAACUGUAUAUUUCCUUUUCAAUAUUUUUUAGGUACCUAGCUCUGUACUGAGGUCUACUUGUUCUUGUUAACCAGGUUUUCAACGAAAACCGGGUUAUAAGAAUGAGGUUGUCGUUGGGCGGACGGGCGGGCCGGCGUCAAACAUUGGUUUCUGUUCAGUAACUUUAGUUAGCAUUGAUAGAUAUUGAUGAAACUUGGUGUGUAGGUAGCUUAUGGGAAGAGCUAGCUUGGGAUUGCUUUUGAGGGGGGUGGGGCUUAGGUCAAGGUCACUGUUACUAAAAAUAGAAAAAUGGUUUCUGCCCAAUAACUUUAGUUAGCAUUGAUAGAUAUUGACGAAACUUGGUGUGUAAGUUGCUUAUGUGAAGAGCUAGCUUGGGAUUGCUUUUGAGUGGGGAGGGGCUUAAGGUCAAGGUCACUAUUACUUAAAAUAGAAAAAUGGUCAAGGUCACUGUUACCUAAAAUAAAAAAAUGGUUUCUGCCCAAUAACUUUAGUUAGCAUUGACAGAUAUUGAUGAAACUUGGUGUGUAGGUAGCUUAUGUGAAGAGUUAGCUUGGGAUUGCUUUUGAGGGGGUGAGGCAAAGGUCAAGGUCGCCUGUUACUAAAAAUAGAAAAAUGGUUUCUGCCAAAUAACUUUAGUUAGGAUUGAUAGAUAUUGACGAAAGUUGGUGGGUAGGUAGCUUAUGUGAAGAGCUAGCUUGGGAUUGCUAUUGAGGGGGGAGGGGCUAAGGUCAAGGUCACUGUUACUUAAAAUAGAAAAAUGGUUUCUGCCCAAUAACUUUAGUAAGCAUUGACCGAUAUUGAUGAAACUUGGUGUGCAAGUUGCUUAUGUGAAGAGCUAGCUUGGGAUUGCUUUUGAGUGGGGAGGGGCUAAGGUCAAGGUCACGAUUACUUAAAAUAGAAAAAUGGUCAAGGUCACUGUAACUUAAAAUAGAAUAAUGGUUUCUGCCCAAUAACUUUAGUUAGCAUUGAUAGAUAUUGAUGAAACUUAGAGCGAAGGUAGCUUAUGUGAAGAGCUAGCUUGGGAGGCGGGAUCAAGGUCACUGUUUCUAAAAAUAGAAAAAUGUUUUUCUGCCCAACAACUUAGUUAGAAUUGAUGGAUAGUGAUGAAUCUUAGUGUGAAUAUAGCUUAUAUGAAGCUGCAAAUUGAACAUGCUUUUGAGGGUGGGGAAGAAGGUCAAGGUACUUGAUUUGUUGAGUGUAAGUUAAAAACUUAAGGUUUUUUUCAAAAAGCAGACAACUGAUUUUUUGAGAAUAUUUUACAAGAACAUGCAUGCCUUUGAAGUGAAGCAGGGUCUGUGUUCACUAUCAUCAUGACUCUGAGUUUUAGACUCAGACUCAGAAAGGGCAAUUUUGAAAUGUUAUAUAACAUCUUUAAUAUAAUCGGCUUGACAAAAUAAGAGUGUGUUAUCAUUGAAUAUGAUUUUAAAUAUGUAAAGCCAUUUUCUCAAAUAUUGCUCAGCAAACAGUGAAUUUACAUUGAAAUUGACAUUUGCAUUUUAUAAAAGUGUUAAUAAUCAGAUUAAACAUUUUGCUUUGUAAAAAUAAAUUGUCAUUGGUAUUCAGUGAUGUUGGCUUGCAGAAAGUUAAAUCAUUGUCAUAUGCUAAAAAAGUAGGUAAAAGAUAUUCACAUGAGACUUAGUAUGAAUGUUGAAGCGAAACUAAACACAUAAGAUACUUAAUUAGAGUAAUUUUCAGUUACGUCUCUUUACACAUAAGAAACUUAAUUAGAGUAAUUUUCAGUUAUGUCUCUUUUUGAUAAAAGUAAAGAUAAAGUCAUACAACAAAUUAAUUGGCUAUAAUUUCUGAUUGCCCAUAACAAAAUCCUGGUUUCGUCGCAUUGCGGCGCUUUUAUUUUAACGUUUAAAACUACAGAAAUUUUUACUAUGAGUACAGUUUUGAAAGCAUUUUUUUUUUGUCAGAUGACUUUUACUUGGCACAUAUUAAAAUAGUUCAUGCAACUAAUCUGCUUACAAUACUUUCUGGGCUCAGAUGUUGAACGUGCUACGUUUUCAGGUAACCCAAACACAAAACAUAAACUAUAUGUCUGUUGCCUUUUACCCAUACAUACAUGCUCUGGAUUGAUAUGACCACAAAAGCCAUGCCAGUAGAGCAUAGGCCCUUUUUGGCCUCUUGUUUCAUUAUGUUUCAUUGUUUUUUUGUAUAAAAUAAUAUGCAUAGAGUAACUUUUUAGCUGUGAAUUGUACUGUAACCAGAACUAUUAUGCAACAAGUUAUUCAAGUUAGUCUGAUACAUGUGAUCAUCUAUAAGGAAAACCAUCCAUCAUUAGGAUGCAAAUAUGUGUUAGUGCAUUUUAGAUUAUUUUUAUUUUUAAUUCAUAUUGAUUAACCAUAUAUUAUUUUUGCGUGGAUUACAUUUUUUGAAUAGCACCAUAAUGACUUUUUAUGCCCCCCUUCGAAGAAGAGGGGUAUAUUGCUUUGCACAGGCAUGUCGGGCGGUCGGUCCGUCGGUAGACCAAAGCUUGUCCGAGUGAUAACUCAACAAUUCCUGGACGUAUGGUCAUCAAACUUCACAUGAAGGUUGGGCCUGACCAGUAGAUGACCCCUAUUGUUUUUGGGGGUCAUCAGGCCAAAGGUCAAGGUCACCGUGACCUUGAAUGGUAAAAGGUUGUCAGAGUGAUAACAUGACAAUGCCUGCACCCAUGGCCCUCAAACUUGACAUGGAGGUUGGGCCUGACCAGUAGCUGACCCCUAUUGUUUUUUGGGCUCAAUGGGUCAAAGGUCAAGGUCACAGUGACCUUGAAUGGUAAAAGGUUGUUCGAGUGAUAACUCAACAAUGCCUGCACCCAUGGCCCUCAAACUUGACUUGGACGUUGGGCCUGACCAGUAGAUGACCCCUAUUGUUUUUGGGGGUCAUUGGGCCAAAGGUCAUGGUCACAGUGACCUUGAAUGGUAAAAGGUUGUUCGAGUGAUAACUCAACAAUGCCUGCACCCAUGGCCCUCAAACUUGACUUGGAGGUUGGGCCUAACCAGUAGAUGACCCCUAUUGUUUUUGGGGGUCAUUGGGCCAAAGGUCAAGGUCACAGUGACCUUGAAUGGUAAAAGGUUGUCCGAUUGAUAACUCAACAAUGCCUGCACCCAUGGCCCUCAAACUUGACUUGGAGAAUUGGCCUGACCAGGAGAUGACCCCUAUGGUUUUUGGGGGUCAUCUGAGCGAAGGUCAAGGUCACAGUGACCUGGAAUGGUAAAAGGUUGUCCGAGUGAUAACUCGACAAUGCCUACACCCAUGGCCCUCAAACUUGACUUGGAGGUUGGGCCUGGCCAGAAGAUGGUCCUUAUUGAUUAAAGGGGUCAUUGGGCCAAAGGUCAAGGUCACAGUGACCUGGAAUGGUAAAAGGUUAUCCGAGUGAUAACUUGACAAUGGCUGCACCCAUGGCCCUCAAACUUGAUUUGGAGGUUGAGCCUGGCCAGAAGAUUGUCCCUAUUAAUUUUAGGGGUCAUUGGGCCAAAGGUCAAGGUAACAGUGACCUUGAAUGAUAAAAGGUUGUCCAAGUGAUAACUCAACAAUGCCUGCACCCAUGGCCCUCAAACUUGACAUGGAGGUUGGGCCUGACCAGUAGAUGACCCUUAUUGAUUUUAGGGGUCAAAGGUCAAGAUCACAGUGACCUUGAAAGCAAACUCGACAAUUCUUGGACCUAUGGUCAUCAAACUUGACAUGAAGGUUGGGCCUGCCCAGUAAAUAACCCUAUCGACUUUGGGGGUCAUCAGGCCAAGGUCAAUGUCACAGUAACCUUUUAACGCAAAAAAGUUAACAAAUCUUCCCCCACUGAUAUCUUAACAAUGCCUGAACAUAUGAUCAUUAAACUUGACAUGGGUGUUAAGCCUGACCAGUAGAUCACCCUUAUUGAUUUUAGGAUUCAUAGAGCCAAAGGUCAAGGUCACAGUGAUCUUGAAUGGUAAAAGGUUGUCCGAGUGAUAACUCAACAAUGCCUGAACCCAUGGCCAUAAAACUUGACUUGGAGUUGCAUCUGACUUGUAGAUGACCCCUUAUGAUUUAAGGGGUCAUCGGGUCAAAGGUCAAGAUCACAGUGACCUGGAACGAAAAAAACUUGUCUUGUGAUAACUUGACAAUGCCUGCACCCAUGGCCCUCAAACUUGACAUUUAGGUUUCUGGUGACCAGUUGAUGACUCUGGAUUUUGAGUUCAUAGAGUCAAAGGUCAUGACGGUCAUAACACACUUUAUCCUCACACUUUAAUGGUCAUAAUCUUAAAACAGCAACAAAUCAGCUGUCAUUUCGGUCCAUGCAUGUUUCAUUCAAUUGUCCAUAUAAUCCUGACAACAUGGCGCUCAGGGGGGGCAUAAUGUUUGACAAACAUCUCUUGUUUAUUAUGAUAUUAUUGAAAGGUAAUUAAACAAGUUUUUAACUAUGAUUAAAUAGCAGUUUUAUUUAGUUGUUCCUAAAAUGACAGAUCUAUAUAAAAAAGCUCUUAGUGUAAACUUUAAUAAACAUUCAAACUUAACAUUUUGUCACUUUAAAAUAAAACUUUACCAGUAGAUUAUUUUUUGCUUAAUGAUGGAUGGAUUACCUCAAAACCAUUUCUAUAUUAAACUAGUUUAAUUUGUAUGUUCCAAUCAGUUACAAACUUUAGUUGGAUGUUCCAUGAAGCAUAUGUACCUGUAUUUUGCUGUAAUAGACAAUUUUAUUUCCAUAAAGAAAAUCAUAAAAUAAA